CAAGCCUUGAGAGUCUUCCUCGGUUGUCAAGCAUGACUCCCGCCAAUGCUGCUGCUGUUAUUACCGGGGAAUACUCGGAAGAAAAGUUCAUAGCUAAACAGAAAAGCAAAAUUAUGAAGAUAACAAUAGAGAAAAGGCGCCGAGAUCGGAUAAACAGUAGCAUCAACCAACUGAAGACUUUACUGGGAAGGGAGUUUCAAACAGAAGAACCGAACAUGAAACUGGAGAAAGCAGACAUCCUGAAAAUGACGGUGAAUUACCUGAAGUAUCACAACCAGCAGUUCAGAGUAAGCUGCCCGACCAGCGGCUCGGAGCGUGACUAUAACGAAGGAUACUCCCGGUGUUUACAGGAGGCUCUGCGUUUUUUCUCCACACAAGAAGGCAAAAGUGACAUCCAAAAGAAGCUGGUGACGCGCUUCCAAAGAACACAGCCACAGUGUCCGGUCAAGGCUCGGCCUUACGGCGUAUACCUUCCCUUGACGGCUUCUUGUCAGAGUGGCACGGAGCGGUCAGUCCAGACCAACACUGCGGCUCUCUGGAGACCCUGGUAGAACCUGAACCAGAAGCCAGAUUCGUGUAAGACUAUUCCUUGUUUACUGGGCGAUGGUGAACCCGUUGUAGGAGAAUCGUUCUCCAGUAUCAGGCAUAUCGAUCUCGUGAUAAGAUUGGAAGCGUUGUUAGCUUUUCUUCAUAUUGAAGAAAAUGUAUUUCCCUGAUUAAGGGAACACGUCACUUUGUAAAUAUUGCUCUGUGUAUAUGGUACCGGUAGUAAGUAGCUUGUUUAGAGGAAAACUUUCUCCGCUCUAUUUCUGCAGAUCCUGGGCCAGGAUUAUAUUGUUCUUCACGGUGAAGAGAUGCUGCAGAUUCUGACGUGUAUUUUAUGAGGAGAGGCGCGCACAGAAUUUGUUGUUAAAUUACUUAUGUGUGAAAAGCUCUAGAUAUCUUAUUCCUUGUUUUCUUUCAUUUGACACACAGUGCACCCCCCCCCCGAUUUUUUGACCACCAGUCAACAACCAUUGGGUAGAUUGUCGAUGGGGUAGGGAUAUUCUCUCUCAGUGGAGCUCAGUCCAACCCCUCUUGAAGUGCUGGGUUAGAAAAUCGCUCAACCUUCCACUUCUUCAUUGUCAUCCCGUCUUCACCCCGACACUUCCGUCGAACAACCACAGCACCAAGUCUCAUUUCCGUUUGAAAAAGAGCAGGGUCGUUGCUUUUGCCUGUUCUGACAAUCCCCCGACAAUCCUGGCUUGGUCAUCUUAGGCAAAAUGUCCAUCUCCACUGUUAAUUUCCCGUUUUAGACUGCUACCCUGUCUCAACAGAAAAUGCACCUAUCUCCUUUGCUCGUUUCCGUAUAGCUACCUCGGCUGUUUCCUGAUUAUCUGUCUCUGGUCUCUAGGAGAUCAGUAUUGGCAAACCACCCAUCAGUGUCUUCUUCUGCACUGAUGAGAGAGGCGUUCACAUGUAUCAAUGAUGCCCAUUGUAACGGUGCAUUGCGAGCAUUCACUGUUGGUGUAUUACGUGACAAUCUGUCACAGCUGGGUUCUGUCUGAAACAUAACUUACAACAGAUCAAUGAUGGGUUGCUGCCAGUACCCGAUUGUCUCAGGUAGAAACGUCUCAGACUCGGCAGCCUCAGAAUCCCGUUCGAUAUUCAGCUCAUAUUUCACUACUACCUUAUUUAAUAAAAAUCAUUUCCCUACAUCCCUGCGAUUUGUUUUCCUUUUUCAUUCUCGACCUCCCUACACUGCUUUGGUUUUUGGUGUAAAUGGCUGUAAAUGGCUCUAAUGUUUGUGCUCAUUUAUGUAAAGAGAGAUAAAUUUACUUUGAACUUUAAGGUAAAUCUUAUUUUUCAAAUGUUGUCUGCCUGUAUUGUUGGUACUCCGUUAACUUGUACAUUGGCAAAAUAAAUACUC